ACGCAGAAAGCAAUCAUGAAUGCUGUUCUACCAUUAAACCAAAAGCAAUUACAAUAUUCUUCAGAUGUGAAGAGCAGGACUGCUUGGCUCAUGAAUUUGAGAAAUGCAGGAACUCUGAGUGAUGCAAGCUCUUUAGAUGAGACAACCUAUGAGAAGCUGGCUGAAGAAACACUGGACUCCUUGGCAGAUUUCUUUGAGGACUUGGCAGAUAAACCUUUUACCCCAGAAGAUUAUGAUGUCUCUCUAGGGAGUGGAGUACUAACAGUUAAAUUGGGUGGAGACAUGGGAACAUACGUAAUCAAUAAGCAAACACCAAACCGGCAGAUUUGGCUGUCCUCACCCACUAGCGGGCCCAAGCGCUAUGACUGGACUGGACGGAAUUGGGUGUAUUCUCAUGACAGAGUAUCUCUUCAUGAACUACUAUCGAAAGAGUUUUCAACAGCUUUAAAAACUAAAUUGGAUUUGUCCUGCUUAAUAUAUUCUGGAAAAGAAGAUAGUUGAUUGUAUUCUACCUCAUGGAAGUUUAAAGACUUUAACUUCAAGCCAAGCUCUUUCUUAGGCUGAAGUACCUGAGCUUAAUUCUGUUGUUUUUCUUGGCAUCAAUAUAUUGUGCAACAAACAUGAAAAUAAUAUAUUUUUUCUCCAGUGCUCAGUCUUUGGAUUUCUGUGUGCUCUUUGAAUCUGUGCAGUACACAUGGUUGAGGUCACCCACAUCUGUCACUUCAUUUCUUGCUUUCUUCCUGCAGAAGUCAUGAAUUUUUGGUUUCUAUAGACUUGUUUGCAUGUAAGGACUGACCACCUGGUGACUUCUGACCAGCACACAAACACUGAGCUGUUCUUGGUGAACAAGACAUGCCUGUCAGUUACAUUGACAUAAAUUAUGGUACUGUGAAUGUAUUGCCUCAAAAUUUAUGGCUAUCGUAAUACAUCAUAGUCACAUUUAAUAUGUCAUAGUGCAUGUAAUGACAGAGUUUUUUUCUUAGUAUUGCAGAACUUGCUAUUCUCCAAAUUCUAAAGUGUAGUGUGUUUCACCUCAGAAUUUUUUUUAGCUAAACUUUAAAUUACUUAGACAUUUUUGUGGCUCUGAGCAUGAUACAGAACUGGAAAAGCUAGUACGUGUAGUUUAAGCUGUACAGCAAUAUCUUGCAAACAUUUGAUUCUGUUACUGUGCAUUUCUCUUUCUCUACCUUUUUAUUCUUCAAAUAUUAAAAACACUUUUUUUGAGCUGAGCAAAAUUAAGUUCAUGAACAUUUGCACUGAUUUUAUUCUACUGCAUUUCUUCAGUGGUUGUAUAUUGUCUUAUCACCAUGAUACAGCAAGUCUCCCCCCGUGCGCUGAUGGAGAAAUUUCUUAGAAUCAAGUUUUAUUCUUAGCCUGAUGAAGCUGUUUUCAUUAGGCUAUUAAAUAUGUGAAGGAAAUAAACUAUAUACUCCAGAUCUUACAACAGAAACAUUUAAAAGAAAUCACGAACAGCAAUACUUCAGCAGUUGCACUGUUGUAAUAUUACAGCUUGCAGGUUUUAGCUGCCUUCCUAUGGAAGGACCAAAUUGUUGACUAAUGCAUGAGGGAAAAAUUAUACCAUAGUCUUGCGGAUUGUAUGAAAAGAUGUUCAGUGCACAAUAUUUUUCUUUUUGGUUUCUCUGAUGCUGUGGUUAGUUUGACAUGAUUCUCUAGCUAGCUUGACAGAUAAGGAUUGAUUUUGUCAUUGAAAAACAAUAACUGUAAAGUGUUCUUGCCCAGUAUUUGCAUUUAAAUUGUAAGCAUUGUUACCUGCUAUUUCUCACUACUAAACAGAGAAAUGUUUCAAUGGAAGUAACUCUUGGUUAAUGGUCCGUGCUGUGUGUAUGUUUUACAAUCGAUAUAAAUUUCAGCUCUCUUGAAUGAGGUAAAUACAAUGACUCCCAGACCUCAUGAAUAUAACAGUAAAGCAUGUCUUUUCAAAAAAGUACAGGAAGGUAAAAAUAGAAUAUGUUUUUUCUGUUCUGAAUUUAGAACAGUGAAGAUAACUUAUAGCAUAUGGAAAUAUGUAUUUUUACAUAGUUACUUUUAUAAUAUUUAUCUCAGUCUCCUACAAUUUCAGGUAGUAAUUUUAAAAAGUUUGUGUAGAAGUUCAUGACUUGAUAUUUGAAUCAAGGAUACCUGGUUAUUCCUUUGCCUGACCACAUGAAAUUAUUUUUUCCAAUUGACUUUUCCAAAAAUUAUUUUCUUAAGUAUUUGCAUGCAGUAUAACCACUGACAUGCAUCAGAUUCAUAUUUGGAAGUUUCAUUUUUUAUUCCCUUACGUCUGAAAGAAAUGUUUAUACCAAAAUAAAAUUGCAUGUGAAAUUCUUAA